GCUCGCUAGCUCGUUCACGAUCCCGUUCCACACCGACCGACCGAGCGCCAUGGCGGCCUCGAAACUGGCCGUGCCCAAGGGCCUCGGCGCCGUGGAAGACGCCGUGGCCGCCAAGAACAAGCCCAGGUGGGGUUUCGUCCAGUUCUUCUUCGUGCUCUCCGUCGUCCUCUGCGUGCUCCUCUACGCGCCGCGCGUCUUCGUCCUCGCCCCGCGCGGCAUCGACGUCGUCGGCUUCUUCACGCCGAAUUCUUCCAAGGGGACGUCGUCGAGCGGAUCGUCCGUGCUAAGCAGCCAGAGCGUUGGCGGCACUGCGGGACACGACGGUGGUCGUCUGGUUCUAGACAACCAGGUUCACUCCCCGUGCUCGUCCAUGCGCGACCACACCAUCUGCUGCGACCGCUCCAGCGUCCACACCGACGUCUGCUUCAUGGCCGGCGACGUGCGCACGGGCGCCGCAUCCCUGUCGCUGCUGCUGUUCCCGCCGCACGACCACCACCAGCACCAGGCGCCGCCGAACGGUACAUCAUCGACGGAGGAGGAGAGGGUGCGGCCCUACCCGCGCAAGUGGGAGCGCCUGAUCAUGGCGAAGGUCCCGGAGGUGCGGCUCCGUGUGGCGCGGCCGGAGGAGGAGGCGGCGGCGGAGCACCGGUGCGACGUCCGUCACGACGCGCCGCUCCUCGUCAUGUCCGCGGGUGGCUACACCGGCAACCUGUUCCACGCGUUCAACGACGGGUUCCUGCCGUCGUGGCUGACGGUGCAGCACCUCCGGCGGCGCGUCGUGCUGGGCGUGCUGUCGUACAACCCGUGGUGGGCCGGCACGUUCAGCGAGAUCAUCUCCGGGCUCUCGGACUACCACGUGGUGGACCUGGUCCACGACAAGCGGACGCAUUGCUUCCCCGGCGCCAUCGUGGGGACCCGCUUCCACGGCGUGCUCGUCGUCGACCCCGCCCGGCUCCGGGACAACAAGACCAUCGUGGACUUCCACCAGCUCCUGGCCGACGCGUACGAGAAGCCCAAGGCCGAGCAGCAGGGCCGGAGCAGCAGCACCAGCAGCAUACGACCAAGGCUCGGGAUCGUGUCGCGCAAAGGGACGCGCGUGAUCGAGAACCAGGCGGCAGUGGCGCGGCUGGCGUCGUCGAUCGGGUUCGACGUGGACGUGCUGGAGACGGCGACCGGGCUGCCGCUGUCGGCGUGGUACGCGUCGGUGAGCGCGUGCGACGCGCUGGUGGGCGUGCACGGCGCGGACCUGACCAAGUUUCUGUUCCUCCGCCCCGGGCGCGCGUCGCUGGCCCAGAUCGCGCCGCUGGGCGUGUCCGCGAUCGCGCGCGACUGCUUCGGCGGGCCGGCGGCGAGGAUGGGGGUGGCGUACGAGCAGUACGAGGUGGGCGGGGAGGAGAGCUCGCUGGCGCGCAGGUACGCGGCGGACGACGUGGUGGUGGCGGACCCGGAGCGGGCGAAGCGGGAGAAGGGAGGGUGGGGCCUGGUGGCGCGCGUGUACCUGGGCGGGCAGAACGUGAGCCUGGACCUGGGCAGGUUCGGCGAGACGCUGGCCAGGCUGCACGCGCACGCCCUGCUGCAGCGGCGGCAGCGGUGAUGAUAUGGCAUUGCUGUUCCGGCGGGGCUGGAGCGCCGGCCGGCCGGCGAGCAGGAGCAGUAGCGGAGGUUGGGGAUCAGCAGUGUCGUCUCGUCAGCAACGACGCCUUGGAAGGACAACGUGACAAUUGGUCUCACCGUGCAUUGUGGACGAUUCUUGUGACAGUACCAGCAAGAGUCGAGGUUGAAUUACAUGUGGAGUACUGUACUAUGCUGGCUAGCGUGCAAGCAACACUUGUGAAACUUGGCAGGAUCUAUGCAUGCAUGGGAUUUUUCUGGA